UUCGCGGAAUCAUUUCUUACAUAUGACGAAUUAUUCGCAGAAGUGAGAAAGGAGGCAGAAGAGAGCGGGAGCACGAGUACGGCCACGGAGAACGUCGUGGAAAAGGGGGAGGUUGAGGCGACGAAGGAGGGCGAGAAGGAGAAGAAUGAAGACAAUAAAAAUAGUGAUAAGAGCGAGAAGGAAGCGGACGCCGCUGACAAGGAGAAGGAUGCCUCGAAUGAGCAAGAAGUUGUUUUCAUUCAGGACAUGGGCUUCACCGUCAAGAUCGUCAGCCCCGGUUCUAAGCCCUUUGACAUUCAGGUGUCCAGCAUGGAGCUCGUACAGGAAAUUCAUCAGUUGCUUAUGGACCGCGAAGACACGUGUCACCGCACGUGCUUUUCACUGCAGCUGGACGGCAACACGUUGGACAACUUCGCCGAGCUGAAGAAUAUCGAGGGCCUGAAGGACGGCUCGAUCAUCAAGGUGGUGGAGGAGGUGUACACGAUGCGGGAGGCACGCAUACACGUGCGACACGUACGCGAUCUGCUCAAAUCCGUGGAUCCCGCGGACGCUUACAACGGGGUCGAGUGCAGCAGCCUGUCGUUUCUCAAUGUCGUCACGUACGGCGAUAUCCUAGAGAAGAAGAAGACCCGGGCAGAUUCGGUCGAUUGCACGCCACCCGAUUACAUCAUACCCGGUUGUAGGGAUCGGCCCCUGUUGCCUCUCCAGCCGCAGGCGAAGGAACAAAAGUGCCCGCCGUGUCUCAAAGUCCUAACAACGUCAGGAUGGAAUCCACCACCUGGCUAUAGAAAGCUUCACGGCGAUCUGAUAUACUUGCAUGUAGUCACAUUGGAGGAUAAGCAAUAUUAUUUGACCGCGUGUGCUAGAGGCUUCUUCGUCAACCAGUCGACUAAAGAAGUGUUUAAUCCUAAACCAGCUACGCCUAGCCAUUUGUGCCACAGCUUGAUCGAGUUGUUGAAUCAGCUCAGUCCAACCUUUAAACGAGGAUUUGCUUCUAUGCAACGGCGCAGGACUCAGAGGCAUCCCUUCGAGCGAGUGGCCACGCCUUAUCAGCUGUAUGCCUGGAGCGCACCGCAAAUCGAACACACCAUUGAUGCAAUUCGCGCGGAAGACACUUUUUCCUCCAAGUUGGGAUACGAGGAACACAUCCCGGGACAAACGCGUGAUUGGAACGAGGAGCUGCAAACCACGAGGGAAUUGCCGCGUAAAAAUCUUCCCGAAAGAUUGCUACGAGAGCGUGCGAUCUUCAAGGUCCACAGUGACUUCGUGGCGGCCGCGACUCACGGAACAGUGGCGGUUAUCGACGGCAACGUGAUGGCGAUCAAUCCUGGCGAGGAGGCCAAAAUGCAGAUGUUUAUCUGGAACAACAUCUUCUUCUCGCUCGGCUUCGAUGUGCGCGAUCAUUACAAGGAAUUGGGUGGCGACGCCGCGGCCUUUGUCGCGCCUCGCAACGAUUUACAAGGUGUCCGAGUGUACGCGGCUGUGGACUUGCCCGGUCUCUAUACUCUUGGCACCGUUGUCAUCGAUCACAGAGGCUACCGCGUCACCGCGCAGUCCAUCAUACCAGGUAUACUGGAACGCGAGCAAGAACAAUCGGUGGUCUAUGGGUCGAUCGAUUUCGGGAAGACGGUUCUCACGCAUCCUAGGUACCUUGAAUUGUUAAACAAAGCUGGGCAACAGUUGAAGAUCCUUCCUCAUAAGGUGAUCAACGAUGCAGGCGAGGAAAUCGAACUUUGCAGCAGUGUGGAAUGCAAGGGUAUCAUUGGUAACGAUUCGCGGCAUUAUGUGCUUGAUUUGUUGAGGACCUUUCCACCCGACGUAAAUUUUCUAAAACUCGAGGGUGUGGAACUGAGCAAAGAAGCACGAGCCUUAGGAUUCCCAGUGGAACACAAGCACAGACUGGCCUGUCUACGGCAGGAACUCAUCGACUCGUUCGUCGAAGCCAGAUACGUUCAAUUUAUCAAGCACGCGGCCGUUCAUCUUCAACAGCUUACAUCAGCUAGAAGAUCUCAAAAGGAAAAAGAUGCGAUUACCGCCAAGGAAGAUAAGAAGGAAGAGAAGGAUUCAACUGCCGUUGUAACGGUGGACAGUAACAAGGAAGACUGCGCACAA